AUGGUUUGCACCGUUUCAGCCGUGUACCCGCCGGCCCGACACUCUGACGCGUGCCCGUCGUUUCGACACUCUGACGUGUACCCGUCGGCCCGACACUCUGACGUGUGCCCGUCGGCCCGACACUCUGACGUGUACCCGUCGGCCCGACACUCUGACGUGUGCCCGUCGGCCCGACACUCUGACGUGUGCCCGUCGGCCCGACACUCUGACGUGUGCCCGUCUGUCCGACACUCUGACGCGUGCCCGUCGGCCCGACACUCUGAAGCGUGCCUGUCGGCCCGACACUCUGACGUGUACCCGUCGGCCCGACACUCUGACGCGUGCCCGUCGUUUCGACACUCUGACGUGUACCCGUCGGCCCGACACUCUGACGUGUGCCCGUCGGCCCGACACUCUGACGUGUGCCCGUCGGCCCGACGCCCUGACGUGUGCCCGUCGGCCCGGCGCUCUGACGUGUUCACUGCAUCGUCGGGAUGCCACUGCCUGCUGGUGCAGUCACAGCUCGGCUCACGCCUGAGCCGGGGCCUCUGGGCGUGA